AUGCCGUUGAUAAUAAUGACUGGAAUACCGAGCAGUGGAAAAACAACGAGAACGAAGGAGCUGAGAGAAUUUUUCGAAACCAAAAAGGGUAAAAAAGUGGAAAUUAUCGACGAAGAAGAAAUGAUAAAAAAAGCAAUGUUCGAUAAAAAUAGCUAUUUUGCGGAUUCAGUAAAAGAAAAAUUGAUUCGUGGUGACAUCAAAUCUAACGUUCAGAGACUUAUAUCUCCAACUGAUAUUUUGAUCAUUGACGGUAGUAAUUACAUAAAGGGUUACAGGUAUGAACUUUACUGCACGAGCAAACAGUAUAAAAUAACCCAGUGCACGGUGCAAUGUGACUCGCCUGUAGAAUACGCUUGGUUGUGCAACGAGAAAAGGCCUGACUGUGAACAAUAUUCCAGAGAAAUAUUUGAUGGUCUGGUUCUCAGGUAUGAAGCUCCAAAUGGUCAAAAUCGUUGGGAUUCGCCAUUGUUCAUUAUCAAUCCAGAAGAUGAAUUGCAAUACGAAGAAAUUUACGCUUCUCUGUACAAAGUUAAAGCUCCAAAGCCAAACAUGAGCACGCAGUCUCAACGAUUAUCAGCUUCAAAUUAUUUAUAUGACAUGGAUAGGAUAACUCAAGAAAUCGUUAAUGAAAUAGUAUCAGCCAAACAGUUGGGAAUCGAAAGUAACAUAAAAAUUCCAAAAUAUAAUGUUGUGCUCGAAAGUUCAGGAGGUAUAUCUGAGUUAACGAGAUUAAGGAGACAGUUUUUAACUUAUAGUAAGAUGCAACAAACGGAGACUGAUAAAAUACCUUCAUUAUUUAUACAGUAUCUAAAUAAAAGUUUAUAA